AUGAACCUCAAACUCCUCUCCACCCUCCUCCUCCCAGCCCUGGGCAUCGCCACGCCCAUCGACGACUCCCUCGAGGUCUCCAAGCGCGAAGACACCUGGGGAGGCAGCGUCUCUCUCGGCCCCUCCAAGUCCACCAUCGUCAACGCCGUGACAACCAUCAUUCCCGGUCCUGCCCCUGAGACUCAGAACGGUGUUCUCUUCUUAUGGCCUGGCAUGAGUAACAGCACGGGAGACCUUAUUCAGGCUACCCUGGAGAGCUGGCAGAGCAACGAGUGGUGCGGUGCUAGCUCCGGUGAAUGGUGCGUGCGCGCCUCGGUCUUUGGCAGCUUCGGACAGCUGGAUGGCGAUGCCGGCGUUGUGAAGGGCGACGACCAGGUUAAGAUCGAGUACACGCUGCAGGAUGACCAGGAUACCUGGUUGCAAACUGUUACUAACGCGGAGACGGGCGAGGUGCUCUCUACAUACUCGCAUGCAUCGGGCCCUUACAUGACUGGAUACGGUACUGGAACCGAGUGUAACGAGGACUGCACUGGCACCUCCUCUGACCAGAAGUACAUCAACACUGUGAUCACCCUGGCCGAGGCCGAUACUACCUUUGGCGAUACCAUUGCCUCCGCUGGUGGUGCUACCUACACCGGACUGAGCUCCAGCGAGGGCGGAAAGGUGUGGACCAUUGAGGAGAUUGUCCUUCCGGCCAUGGUCUAA